AUGGCUGCCGUCAACUUGCAGACUAUGUCUUCAAGUAUCCCCUUCGACUUCCUACCCCUCAACCACCCACAUUCAAGAUCAAACUCUGUCUCUUCAUCCUCUACUCAUUCACCUAAUUCUCGUCCUCAUUCUUCUCAAGGCGGUAUGUCAAGAAUGUCAUCAGGUUUACCUACCUCCAUGGACGAUCAUUACCGACUCUCUUAUAUGACCACCGAUCAGUCCCGCCACACCUCCUUCUCACUUCCUCCCUCCGAUAUGACUCCCCCUGGUCAAUCUCCUCCAAACGCUAAUAUUACUAAUCCUGCGCUUAAAGGCCAUAUCCGUCAAACUCAUCUCAGAGCCCGUGCUGCUGCUUCUCCGUACCCCCGUGAUACAGAAAGCGUUCACUCUUCUUCGAGUGAAACAGACGACAUUUCCAUGUACCUUGGAAAUCCCUCAGACUACCCUAGCAUGUAUGGGCAUGGUUCUACCUUGCCCUCUAAUCAAGAAACUAUCCACACAGCCGGCGCUUUUGGCAGGAUGUCUUUGGGUCCGGAUCAUCAACUGGAAAAGCUCGCUGCCAAUGUCCGCGUCGCAACAACAACCAGUGCAUCUGAUAGGGCUAAACAAAUCUUUGUUCAAGCUUGGUUGACAGCAAAUUACGCACCUUACCCAGAUGGCAAUGUACCCCGUCAGGGUCUUUACUUUUCUUACAGACGGGUGUGCGAUCAGUACGGGAUUCCUCACAUCAACACGGCUACACUGGGAAAGGCUAUUCGCUUGUGUUUUCCUACUAUCAAGACGCGGCGCUUGGGUGUUCGCGGAAAUAGCAAAUAUCAUUAUUGCGGCAUUCGUCCCGCUACUUCGGCUGAAGCCGAAUGGCUUCAGGAUUACAUCCGAAAAUCAAACAAUAGUGCUGGCCAGCAGUCCAUCAACGCCGCUCGUGCUGCGCAAGAAUCUUCCGAUAAUCCAAAUAAAGGCGAAGAGCGGUCCGACGAAGAUGAUGAUGAAGAUUCCGAGGGAUCCAGUGCAUCAAAGAGGAAUUCAUUGACCCUUUCUGGAGAUCUCAAGGCCGCUGGUCUCACUUAUGGAGACAUCAGUGACAAAACACCUACCGCUAAUAGCUUACUCUCUCAGGCACAAGCUGUUGCAAGAAGCAACACUUAUCCCAGCCAUGCUUCCAUUCGUCGACAUGUCAGCCAGUCCGACCCAAACCUCGCUGCACAAUCUGCCAUGUCACUUGGCCCUGGAACUGGUGCAUCUUUUGUACCAUCACAGCAGCAUCUCUCAGUUCGCCAUAUGCCGCAUUUCCCGUCCAUUGAAGAGGCGAUAGGAUCUAACUCUGCGUCUCCACAGAGCAUCGCCGCUCGUGAGGUAUGGGGAUGGUUCCAAGAUCAUCUCGACGCCGUUCUCGAGAGCGCUCGUGCCUUCAGGUUUGACCAAUUCGAGAUGCACCUCCGAAGUUUUUGGUCCAAUCUGAGUGGGAAUCAUCGGGAAGUAGUGCAUGCUCCCGCUAUCGCUGGUCUAAUGGCCAAAGCUGACGCAAUUCUAUAUGAUGAAAUACUGGAGUUUUUAAGGUCCCAGAUGCUUUCCCCGAUUGCUCCCGCUGCUAUGACUAGUCUUAGGACGUUGGCAAGCAAAAUGGAGAAGAUCCUGCUUGUUGCACUGGACGGGUAUGGCAACACUUUUGUUGAGCCCAAGGUCGAGCUUGGAGCGCGGUUUGGCCAUCUCGUUUUGCGCUUCUUGGAUAUAUACCAAGUUACCCAGGCUCUCAAUACCGUAUUGACGAACCAGAAGCAGCUUUCUGAAAUGCGCCGUUCCUGGCAGAAAGUGGACUUCGAAUCUGUCCGCAAUCAGUCUGCUCUGGUUUGCAAUUGUCGUCACGAGGAGCUUGUUCAACUUCUGGAAGUCGAUUUUGUAGGCAUGAUGGACAGCUUGUCAAAGACUCCUGAACCUGUUAGGGAGGUUAUGGCUUGGGCUGACAAAUGUUGCGAGAGGCUCAUGGGACAGCGAAUAGGAAAUGGUGACGAUCGAGGCACCUUGAGUUCCCGAAGUGUCCUGAUUCGCUGGGGCUACGUGACCAGUCAGGUGAUGAGAGAUUUGACUAUCCGCAGCGACCCAGCCUUCGGAGCCUUCCAGAUCAUGAAGCUGUUCUUGGAUGAUUGGAUUGCCGUCAAUGUCCUGCGCAGCGUGGCGUUAUCCACCAACUCCGUGGCCGCAUCCGUUGAGCCAGUGAUGCAGCAACAAUUCUUCUCAUUAUCCCCUAUGGCCGGCCAGGAAAGUUUCAACACCAUGGAAACGCGUUCCGCUCAGCACGUGAUGAACCAUACCCCGACCACCUCCAGCAUGCUCGCAGCUUUGCAGCAGGACCCCUUCCCAACCGGCGCGCUGGACGCAUCAACUUCUGGAUUUAAUGCAGACGCAUAUGGAGGUUUGAAUUAUAUGGAUACUUCAGUUCAGCCGGAUGAUUCUAUUCCUCCCGUCCACCAGUCAGGUCUUUCGUUUUCUGACUAUGCGCCCGGGAAUACGUUCGACGUUGCGUCAUUUGCGGCGCAAGAUUUGGGCAUGAACACCUCUUCAGGUACUAAUGGCGAGCAAGAUCGCGAGACUGAGUCCGUCAAGACGGAGGCUGGACCUUAG